GCCAAUGCCGAUAAUCAUGCGCGUAUGAGCACGAGUAAAAAUUCACGAAUUUGAUCUCUUUUCAUUUGAAUCAUUUGAUGAUCUGCAGUUUGCGCUCAUUAAUUAUUUGUAAAUAGUGAACUGCCAACUGAUUCGUACGUAUCAAUUUAUUGAAUCAUUUGAUGAUCUGCAGUUUGCGCUCAUUAAUUAUUUGUAAAUAGUGAACUGCCAACUGAUUCGUACGUAUCAAUUUAUUUCGUUAUCCUGAGUGACUGAAUCCUUUAUUUUUAUUAUUGCUCAUAACCAUUAAUUGUUGCCGAGAAAUCGUGAAAUCCGAUUAUCGGAAUCUGAAUUGAAGUGUGGACUUCAUAAUGCCACCCUCACAAGGACGUAAAACCACAGCUGCCAGUGCUGGCCUAGCGAGUUCCCUGCGGGUACGAAAACGUGCAAAAGCUGGCGCGACCAAACUCCAGCAGUCAACUCUGGAUGAGCAGUUCGGCAGCAGCAGUGACUUGCGAGUGAAGAAGCCCGCCGGCGUCAGCAGCACUGAGAAACCUCUGUUGGUUGGUGGAGCGUCGGAUAACCAAGCAUCUGCAUCGAGUUCCCUUGGCUCAUCCGCGGGCUCGCCCUCCAAGAGUGCUCAGUCAUCGGGAGAGCUGCGCGUGGGAAAAAGCGAUCAAAGCCUUCCUAAGCUCUCUGCUAAGACCAAAACAAGAGGUGGCAGCGCGGACUCCAAGCGACACGACAUGGAUCUAUUGCGCCAGUUUGAUCUCGACUAUAAUUUCGGUCCAUGCGCAGGUAUCAGUCGUAUGCAGCGCUGGAAUCGUGCCCAGCGGCACGAGAAGAAUCCCCCGACAACUGUGAAACGUUUGGUUGAAACCCAUCUUGACGAUCCUGAUUACACCGAAGGAAUUUGGUACGACACGGUCAUCUGAUGCAACCGGGUCCUGAUUACACAUUCUGGAUGUAUUUUCAAUAUGAUCUGUUCCUUUUGUUGUUUAUACCGCGCGCGAUUGUGACUACAUUAGUUGGGCGCAAAUGUUGGUGAAUGUAAAUAGUCCUCGUAUGUAUACUGAAUAGACAUAGUAGUUCUUAUAGAUCCAAACUGUUCUUGCCUAUUUAAUUUUUGUUUGGCUUACCAUUUUAAAGGUGGCUUUUCUUAUUGGUUUUUCAUUCAGUUCGGUUGCGGUGUACGAAAUGGAUAAAUCACUCAAACCCUUCGUUGGAGUCGUAGUGC